GCAGUUGUGUUUUAUGUACGUACACGUAGGCUACGUGCGUGCAUGCGCGUAGCAUUUUCAAUUUCUCAAUAGGAAAUAGCUGAAAUAGCAAGGAAUUAUGAAUGCCACGACGAGGUCAAAGUGAAAAAGUUGUAUAUACGACACUUAGCACUCAAACUUCUGGAAAAAUGUAUCUGAGGAUUGAGAAAACAGUUAAACUUUCCCAGUCAAUGGCCUAUAUUUACAACAGCGAAAUCCUUCUGUUGACAGAACAGCGCGGUGGAUUUAAGAAAAGAAAGAAACUUUAUUUGUUCAGUCAGCGAUUAUUAACCUGUUCCCUGCAGUCAGCUGCACUUUCUUCGCACCGAUGGCACACUGGAGCAGCUCGUGUGCCAAACGUCACAGGACAGAACAAUUCUGAUGGAGUUGGGAAAUCCUCUGUAAGCAAAACAACGGAUGACAAUCACCGACUUUUCACCAAAGAUCUGACUUUGGAAUAAGUAACGCUUCUAUGGACCAUUAAGUGACAACACAAUAUUGAUAUUCUUCUACAAGGCAUCUCUAAGUCAGCGGUUUUAACGUCUCACGCCCUCUUCGACAGUGGUAGUAAACAUUUGUGACGUACCCAUGGAUAGUGUGCGCACGGCGCGAGGAGGGUACAGAUGCUCAUGAUAUCCAGCUUCGCUCGGGGAGUUUAAAGUAGGGCUACAACAUGAAAAAGUUAAUUAUGUCAACCGCGGAACAAGAGGUGGAACCCGUGGCGGUGGUUAACCGUAUGGAUACUAGCACUCGCCAUUACCGGAGAGAGCUCUCAGCAGAAGACCACAACCAUGAUCCGGUAAAAAAGGGGACCAGAAGUAGAAAAAUGGAGCGCUCCAGCUCCAGAGGAGCAGGCACAUCCGAAGACGGCUUCCCAACAGCGCUGCCCAUGCUGUUGGCCAUGGUGGAGGGGCCGGACAAGCUUCCUGCAGACGAGGGGUCACAGGAAGUGCUGAGGGGGAAACUCCGCCUCCUGGAGGCCGACAGCAUAGAGGUCAACGCUCUCUUCAUGGAACUGUCAGCUCGGCUUGUUUCCAUCAACUGUGAAGAAAACGCCAUAUUUGUCUCAUUCAAAACAUUUGAAGAGAUAUGGAGGUUCACCACGUAUUACACAAUGGGCUUUCUGGGUCAGUGCAUGGAGAACCUGCUGUUGGACCAGGACUUCUGGUUGAGUUCUCUGGACCAGGAGUACUUUGCCAUAGAGAUCUCUAUCCAAGAGGAGACUCUCAACCUCAUGUACAAAGGCAUCCUUAUGCAAGAGGGUUCCUUGUUCGCCAGCUGCAGCUCCACCCAGAUGUUUGACAGCUCCACCUCUGGUAGAGACCUCUACCUGGAGCAGGGGGACAUCGCCCUGUUUGAGCCCCCGUUCCUGGGCUCGGGGUGGACCGUACUCUCCCUGGGGGAUGGAGCCCGGGGGACCAAACCCAAACCAGCCCUGGAGCCCGUCAUCCCCUUCCACCAAUGGUUCCUCAAAUCAUGUGCGGAGAACAUCUUAGUUGGCAGUGGCAAGCCAGCAUGUGAUUUCCCCUGCCAGUUUGCCACUGGCUCUUGCGUGGCCACUGUUGAGUAUGACGCCGGUGGGCCAGACGAGCUAAGCCUGGAGCAGGGCGACCGCAUCAUCAUUGUGGGCCUGUUGGUGUCGUGCUUCGAGUGGUUCACUGGCAGACUGGAGAGGACAGGAGAAGUGGGAUUGGUGAUGACAACACUGGUCAGACCGGCCGAUAGCCUUUGUGAGGCGUCUGACAUUUUCCUAGAGAAAGAAGAGAGGUUGUUUUUCAACCUGAAAGAAGAUCAGAUUAAAGAGGAGACAAUCGCCUUGCUGAAAAAAAUCAACCAGAAUGAUGUUGGACAUGUCUACAAACUUGAUCUGAUUGCUCAACCGGAUUCUCUAAAUGAACCAACUCAAAAUGGUUCCCAAGGCAACAUGGACGCUCACCAACAAGCAGAACUGAGGAGGAAGAUUGAAGAGAUUCUGCUAAAAGGGAAGAUGAAAUCGAAGGUGCCUCAAGCAACUGUGACGUCAAAUGGAACUCUGGAGGACCAGAGUGAGACCUCUAAGACUACAUUACCCAGCGGGCCUCACUUCACCAUCCAACCAGUUGAGGAAGGCACCACCACCAACCAGGAGAAAUUCCUUCCUCUUCUAUCCUUCCUGGGUGGCAGCAACUACAAGUCAGAGUUUGGCGCCCUCUAUGGCCAAACUCCAGAACGGCUCCUCGCCACUUUCACUGGCCACUCCGACGACGUUGACAAAUUAGUGGCGUAUCUAGGUGUUGCCAGGGAAACUGCCAGGAAGAAACGUCUCCAUUGGUCCCAGAGCCGCCUCUGUUUCCUUUUGGGGAAACUCUGCGCAGGACGAUCAAAAUUUUCCCAGGCUCGCGUCUACUUCGAGGAGGCCCUUAGCGUCCCUCGAGACAUCUUCACGGACAUGCUAAUGCUAGCUAGCAUUUACGCUAACCUAGCGGUGAUCUAUCUCAUGCAGAAAAAUACAGAGAAAUACUUGGCUCUGUCGGAGCGGAUCGCUGCGCUGCUAAUGGGCAUCCCUUACUGCGUCUCGACAGUGGAGAAAGACUCAGAAGUUCUGAAAUUUAUCCUGAAGAAGGCGGUGCUUAGUCACAAUAAAAUGGCAGAAGCCAGAGCAUGCUUCCUUUUGGCCAAGCUCCACUGGAGGCGAGGAGAGGCGGCGGACACCGUUCCCUUCCUGGAGAGGCUUCUGGUUCUCUUGGCGGAGCCCCCUGGUGUCCGGAGCGUCGUGCCCAGCCAUGGCUACCUCAGCCUGGCGGGGUUGUACAGCCAGCUCUCCCUCCCUCACCUCUGUGUCAGCUCGGCCAGGAGAGCCACGAUGCAUCCGUCUGCUAGGCUAGCCGAUUGUCUGAAUGGAAUGGGGCUGGUUCUGGAGAACACAGACAGACUCUAUGGGAUCCGGAAGCAGGACGUCGCCAUUCCGGCUCAAGUGGCUCCAUAUCUCAGCCAGUCGCUCUCCUUCACUGGGCGAUUAGAUGGAGUCGGUGGCACUGGUGACCACACUCUAAGCCAGGCUCUAACACUCUGCCUAUCCCAGCUGUUUCAGGAACAUGGGAUGCUAGGUCACGCCGUACGCUCCAUGCACACUCUCAUAGACCAUCAUUGUGCGCCGUCAUCAUCAUCGGGCACCUCUAGCAUUCCUGAACGAAACAUCGCCCUUGUGUGGCUAGCAUGGCUCCACAUCUGUAACAGCCAACCAGAGGUUUCUCUAGACAUCCUCGACUCAGUGCUGGCCUCCAUGCCAGAACAUUGCACUACCCCACAGGAAGGACUGGUCCACAACAUGAGGGGUGUAGCCUUGCGAAGCAUGGGGGACCUGAGGAGGGCAGUAGAGAGCUACCAGACGGCCAUUGAUGUGUGUGAGGAGUGUGAGGACCGGGCUAACUGGGCAGUAGCAGAAGCUAACCUGGGGUUAUUGUGUCUGAAGGCUGGGGCUAAGAGGUUAGCGGAGCAGCAUCUAACAGAAGCUGUUGAGAUGUUGUCAGCGCUGGAGGGACAAGAACAUGAGGUGAACUUUACCACCGUGCUGUUGGAGCUGGGACAGUACUAUGUGAACCAGAGACACCUGGACAGAGGAAAGAUCUACUAUGAAUGGGCUCUACUCAUGGCUAUCAAGUCAAACCACUCAGACAGUCAGUUGAGCGUGACGCGACGCUUGUGCCACCUUUACAGAACAGUGUGUCCGGAUGAGGCCCAGUGCAUCAUCUACAACGAACAUCAGCUGGCCCUGCUGGUGACCCGGGGAGACAGGAGACAGGAAGGAGAGGUGUUGGAGACCAUCAGCCAGCUAUACCUUAGUCUGGGGACAGAGAGGGCUAGGCGGUCUGCUCUGGACUACACUAAGCGUAGCCUGGGGAUCUUCAUAGACCUGGGCCGGAGGGAGAAGGAGGCUUACGCCUGGUUACAGGCUGGGAAGAUAUACCACCUGCUGGGCCAGACUGAACUGGUGGACCUUUAUUUACAGGUGGCCCAAGAUGUGGGGGUGAGUACGGGAGACACACACUUCAUCCUACAGCUGCUGGAGGCAGCAGGGGACGUCUUCUUCAACAGCUCAACGGAGAGAGAGAAGGCUGUCUGCUUAUAUGGGGACCGUGCCCUGCCCAUCGCGGUGAAAACCAGCAGUACAGAGGUCAGACUGAGACUGUCUAACAAGCUGGUGGAGCUGCUGCUGCAGAUGAAGCUGUAUGGGGAGGCUGUUGAGUACGCCCAGACCGCCCUGGACAUCAGUGUUAAACUGGGAAACCGUCUGAACGAGCGUGUGGCGUUCCACCGCCUGGCUACUCUGUACCACUGUCUGGGUCAGUUUGAGCUGGCUGAACACUACUACCUGAAGGCCCUCUCCCUCUGCCCCACGCCCCUGGAGUUUGAUGAGGAAACCCUGUACUAUGUCAGGGUGUAUCGGACGCUGGGGGACAUUAUAUUCUAUGACCUGAAGGACCCGUAUGACGCCGCAGGGUACUACCACCUAGCACUUGCUGCAGCCAUGGACAUCGGCAACAAGAAGUCCCAGCUCCAGCUCUGCACCCGAUUGGCUACCAUCUACCACAACUUCCUGGUUGAUCGGGAACUGUCCCUCUUCUUCUACCAGAAAGCACGAGCGUUCGCCUCCGACCUCAAUGUACGACGCAUCAACCUCUCGCCAGACCAGAUCUUCAGCAGUAUGUCACAGUACAAGACGAACAGGGUGAACAUCCAGGAACCAAGAAAUAAGUCACCGCCAAACGGCCAUAUUGGUUUGAAGUUAGUGAGAAGAGGGGAGAGGUUAUAGCCUGGACCCAGAUCUGUUUGUGCUCUUACCAACUCCAAUGCUCAUUGUCAAGCAAAACAUGACAAUGAGUUACAAGGAGUUGCUAUGAUAGCACCAACAGACUGGCACUCAGGCUAGAGAGUUUAUGGGUGUUGGAGGAUAUUGUGCCAAGUGGGCGUUGUAGGCCUUCGGUUUAAAUAUGUAAUUUUUGAACUGCUGAGAUGUGUUAAUGGGAUUUUGCCAAUCAGUGUUCUGUGCCUUACUGAACAAUAUCACUUAGAAUAGAAUCAUACAGCAAUGACUGAAUAUCUAUAAUUGUCUUCAGUUGAUGACCAGAAAUGAGUUAAGUCAUGGUGAAAGUAAUGAAUCAUGAAAGAUAUCUCAUAUAAAAAGUCAGAGAAGAUAAUGGAGAAGGUCCAGCUGUUGCAGGUUACAGUGGAGUGAAUUGCUCUGUGAGAGUGAAGACCACUUGGACUGCGCGGCUGGGCCCAUAUCCACAGUGUCUCAUAGUAGGAGUGCUGAUCUAGGAUCUGUCCAUACAGUCGUAUUUAUUCUGAUCCAAAAAGGCAAAACUGAUCCUAAGUCAGCACUCUGAUAAGCCGUCAAUGCCUUUUUUUGUAUGAUUAGCUAGUUUUCCAUCCAAUCGGCUCAAAGGUUUUCAUGCGAAUAUUCAACAAUCCGCAUAAUGAAAAUAUGCACAUUUUCCCAUCAGUGGUGUUUCCACCCAACGGACUUGUUGUAGAUAAAAAAAUCAAUGCGUGAUGACGUAGUGCACACAAAUUGUACUUUUUCGCUUAGGUUUUCAUGUAAUGAAUAAAAAUUGAAAGAGUCAA